CAGUCUCGGGCUUUGCUGGGUGCAAGCUCCACGUCUUUCGAAUCGCGCUCCUCCUGUAUCGUCGCAGGCUCCUCCGCCGUUGUCUCAGCAUCUCGGCAGUCGCCAUGGCUUUCGCGAGCUGGUGGUACAAGACGCAUGUCAACGAAAAAACCAGUGGAUCAUCUUCCAAACCAGGAGAGAAGAAAAGCACUGAUGAGAAAAGAGUGACAAGCUAUGGGAGCAGUCAGUUCUCCAGAACAUAUGUUGGUCCCACCCUGGUCUCCAAGGUCUCAACUUCCUUUGCGUCAACCAGCCGAUUUUCCAGCAUGAAUUCCACACAGCCCAAGGCCCCUCCAACCAGCCAGCAGAUGGAAGAACCUCGUACUCCUAGCAAGAAAAGACACAAAAAGCAGGCUGUAAAGACAGAACCAGAGAAGAAGUCACAAUCAACAAAGCCCUCUGUGGUUCAUGAGAAAAAGCCCAAAGAAAUAGAAGAAAAGGAACACAAAGAGCCUAAACACACAGCAGACACAGGCGGCAUUCAGGCCCCUCCUGGAAAAGCAGCGUCCAGAUCAAGUGAGCAGCUGCCACCUGAGAAAUCCACUAAACCAAAGGUGAAAUCCCAGGACACCCCCACUGCUGUGAGAAACACCACAGUUGCUGUGGCUUCUGGCAAAACUGAUGACAAGAAAAAAGAAAAUAAAUCAACGACAUCUGUUGGGCCAGUUGAACCGACACCCAGUGAACCUUCUGGAAAGUCAGGCAUGGAUGCUGCUUUGGAUGACCUAAUAAGCACUUUAGGAGAGCCCGAGGAAACUGCUGAAGAGAAUUCACCGUACACAGGACCUGAAGUUUUAGAUCCAAUGACUGCAAAAUACAUUGAAGAAUUGGGUAAAAGAGAAGUCACAAUACCUCCAAAAUAUAGGGAACUCUUGAACAAAACAGAAGGGGUGGCUGGCCCUCCUCCAGACUCCACGACACCCAUGGGGCCUGAGGAGGCCAUCGAUGAGCUGUCUUCUGACUUCACCUGCAGUCCUACAGCUGGUGACCAGAAGGCGAAGGAGGAGAAACCCAGCGGAGAGGUUUUAAAAGCUCAGUCUGCCAAGGUCAUCAAAAGUGCUGCCCCACCCCAUGAGAAGAAGAGGAAGGUGGAGAAGGAGGCCAUGAGCGACCAGGCCCUAGAUGCACUGUCAGCGUCUCUGGGCAGCCGCAAGUCAGAUCCUGAACUGGACCUCAGCUCCCUGAAGGAGGUGGCAGAGGCAAAAGCCAAAGAAGAGAAAUUGAAGAAGUGUGGGGAGGAGGAUGAAACAGUCCCGUCCGAGUACAGACUGAAAGCAGCCACGGAUAAAGAUGGAAAGCCGCUAUUGCCAGAACCAGAGGAAAAACCCAAGCCCCUCAGUGAAUCAGAACUCAUCGAUGAACUCUCUGCAGAUUUUCACACAUCUAAACAGAAAGAAGAAAAAUCAAAGCCAAUUGAAAAAACCAAAGAACCUCAGGCUUCUGCCCCAACACCAGUGGUGGAGAAGGUAUCACGUGCCUCUCUAUGCAGUAUACAGUCAGUCCCAGCCAAGCCAGCAACACACUCGGGGAGCCAGAUGUCUGAAGAGGCCGUGGAUGUCCUGGCUGGGAGCCUGAGCAAAAGGGAGGCAGAACCAGAAGACAGUGAGCCUGCUGAGGACCGUGUCAAGGAGAAAGCCAAGGAAGAGGAUCGAGAAAAGCUUGGUGAAAAAGAAGAAACAAUUCCUCCAGAGUAUAGAUUGGAAGAGGUCAAGGAUGAAGAUGGAAAAGCAGCCCAGACAUCUGAGUCUCGGAAAUCUCUCCCUCCCAUGACUGAAGACUUCCUCCUCGAUGCUUUGUCGAAGGACUUUGAUGGCUCCAGCACCAACACACCGCUUAAUUUGGAUGAAGCAAAACUGGCUGCUGUUGUCUCUGAAAAGGUUUCCAAAACCCCUGCUCCAACCACCCACUCUGCGGGCCCACCCCCUUCACAGAGUGACAACAAAGAACUCAACGAUGCUCUGGAUCAACUUUCUGACAGUCUAGGGGAAAGGCAGCCGGAUCCAGAUGACAACAAACCAAUGGAGGAUAAAGUCAAGGAAAGAGCCAAAGCUGAGCAUAGAGACAAACUGGGAGAAAGAGAUGACACCAUUCCACCGGAAUACAGACACCUUUUAGAUAAUAAUGAUGAGAACAAACCAGGGAAACCUCCAAAGAAGUCUCCAGCACCAAAGAAACCUACCAGUGAUCAAGAUGCCAUAGACACCCUCUCUGGAGACUUUGACAGCUGCUCCACCACUACAGAGACCUCAGAGAACGUAGCUAAGGACAAAGACAAGAAGGCUGGCUCCCACUCCAAAUCCUCCAAGCAUGGUUCUAAAGCAAAGAAUUCAUCCAAGACAAAGGAAGAAACUCCCAAGCCAAAAGCUGAUGACAAAAAUACAAGUUAAAGUUCACUCUGUUGGAAUCUGCAUAUAAAAUCUUCAGCUGGUGGAUUUGUGACUUGAAGAACAAAAGACUUAAACAUCAGAAACAUUUUUCGGGUGGCUUUGAAACAGUGGUAUUUGCUGAAACUUCGGUAUCCUAAAUCAUGUUUUUCCUGGAAAGGAAAAGAAUGAACUUGUCUGGUUCACCUGUGUUACACUGAGUAUUGAUAAACUGAUAAACUGAAUUUUUUUCAUUGCCUUCAGCUAGAAAGAAAGAACUUUAUAUUUUUAAGACAUAUAUUUGCUAUAGUUUCUUAAAGCAACUCAAAAAACCCCAAACCAACCAAAACCUUUGCAAACUUUUGCACAUUCUACCCACAGUGCCUGUCCAUCUCUGUAUAUUUUUGGUUUGCACUUACCUGGUUGGCAUUCCAAAAGCAAUGCUUUAGACAUUGCUCAGUGCUCUGAAUUCUCAUCACCCCUUUUCUCUUGGGCUUUAUAACUGUAUAUGAUGUUUCUCUGGGUGAAUGUCUAUAUGUCAAACAAAACAUUGUACAUUGGGCACAUGUCCUCUUGGGCCAUUAAUAAAUGAAUCUACAGCCUGGAAACACCAAAAAACUACACUCUUCCCUGCUUGAUUUCUUUGUUAAGGGUUAGGACUCCUGCACUUUAGAGACAGCCCAGAAUAUCAGAGACUUGUAUCAACUCAGGAGAAGAGCAAAAGGCAGACUCUGUCACUGCAGAGAAAGUUCCAUAAAGAAAUAUUAAAAAUUAAAUUCUCAGAUGCUUGAACUACCUGGGUUAACCCUUUUAAAUUGGGCUGGACAUUAUGUUCUCUGGCUAUAAAACAAGAGACACUUAUUUGCCACUUGAGUCUUUGCACUGCAUGGCACCUUUCAGCUUUUAUGGAAAACAGCUUUGCCAAAUAUGAAAACAAACUUAUGCCUUAAAAAAAUAGACAUAAAACUGAAACAUAAAACUUGUAGUCGCCUCCAAACCACCACAUGUAAAGCCUAGACUUUUGAAUCGUUUCUCAGAAGUUCAAUGUCUAGAUUAUGAAGUUCCCUUUCAGGCAUAUGGGCAAGGAGAUGGCUUCAGGGUCUGAAACUUAUGUUUGAUGUUGGGGAACCCCACACUUGAUCCUGGGCACCAAAUCAGCCCUUGAACAUCUUUGGAAAUAACCCCUGAGCAGGAUGUGACCCUAAAAUAAACAACAAAAUCAUAGACAUAACUAUGAAGUUUCAAACUUAACCUGCUUUGAAUCUCUUGCCCAUUAGAAGUACAGUCUCUCUCUUAUUCUACACCUGGAAACUAUCAUUCUGUUAGUAUGAUUAAACAAACCUUUCUAUGAUACUAGAAGAUCUCAAGGGAUUUUAAUUAUACAUCUAGUUUUUCCAUUUGGGUGGUACAAAGGUGUUUUAUUGGUUAACAGAAGUGAGAGCUUUGACAUUGAGAUUGGUGUUACAAGAAUAUGGUAGCAGUAUUGAGAAUUCUCUUACCUACAUAAAAGUAUUUUUAAAUGACAAUACUAAAAUUCAGAAACACAAGAAAUACCUAUAAAAGUACAAAUUUUGUACUUUGACAUUAUUUAAGGUACUUUGACAUUUAUUUAAGGUACUUUGAAUAUGCCUUAUUAGACAUGUCACCAGAAAUAUUACAAAACACUUAGGUGUUUUUGCCAGUAAUUAGGGAUGAUGUGAGUAAACUACAUAAUCUAAAUCAUCCUUUUUUACCUGUCUAGUUAAAAGGAAAUAAUUUCAAAUAAAUGCUUAGAGGGAACUAAUUUUUAUUAUCAGAAAGAAUUCUGUAUAUCAUUGUGGUAAUGCUAUGUUUACUGAGAAAAUAGGUUUCUCAAAAGCAAAUGAAGAUGGAAUACUCAGGUGCUCCAAACUGAGUAUGUCCAUGCUUCAUUAACAAAAUUAUAAAAUACAAUUAAAUAAAAAUAUUUUACACUGAAA